UAAUAAUAAUAAUAAUAAUGAUAAUGAUAAUGAUAAUGAUAAUAAUAAUAACAAUAAUAAUUUUGUUUAAAUAUAUAUCUUUUUUUUUUUUAUUUAAACAACGAUAACAUUGGCUUUCCUCUUAUAAAUUUAAAUUUCAAACGUAAAUAUCUAAACGCGUUCGACUAUGACGGAUCAAAUAGUCUGACUCGAUAAAAUGAUUCCCCGGGCUAGUAAUAGUUUCCAUUAAUGAUUUUCCAUUUUCCAAUGACGUAAUAACAUUCUUUCUCGAUAGCGAUCUUUAAACAUACACAUCAGAGAGAGAGAGAGAGAGAGAGAGAGAGAGAGAGAGAGAGAGAGAGAGAGAGAGAGAGAGAGAGAGAGAGACAUACACAAAGACAAAUGUUUCUGUUUCCUGUUGCAGAGCAUUCUGGAAAUAGGACGAGACGAGAGACGAUGAAAUCAGAAUCGGAAUCAGAAUCAGAAGCGGAAGAAGAAGAAGAAGAAGUAGGAGAAGAAGAAGAAGAAGAAGAAGGAAAUGAGGCAGAAGAAGACGAAGACAAAAUAGAAAAAAAAGAAGAAAAAAAAGAAAAAGAAAAGGAUAAAGAUAGUGAGAUAUUGCAGAGAUUGUUUUUCCCAUUGGAAAUACCCAAGGAUAUCAACGAAGAAUAUUCCACGAUCGAUCAUGUAUCCCUGAGGUUUUUAUUAACGGGAGAACAUCGAGAUAAUGAUAAAAAUAACAACGAUUUGGAAAUUGUCGUUUACCUAUUAAACGAACAAUUGAUAACAUCGUCAUCAUCAUCAUCAUCAUCAUCAUCAUCAGCAUCGUCAUCAUCAUUAUCGUCGUCGUCGUCGUCGUCGUCGUCGUCGUCGUCGUCGUCGCCGUCGUCGUCGCCGUCGUCGUCGUCGUUAUCAUCAGCAGCAGCAACUUCGUCGUCGGUAUCGUCGUCAUCGUCAUCGUCAAUCUCAACAAGAACAAAAACAAGAACAACAAGAUCAACAAGAACAACAACAACAACGAGGAGUAGAAAUAGUCCGCAAGUUCGAAAAAAAAUUCGGUUGGACGAUCCACGUGAUUCAAAAUGGUUAGAAUUAGAUGUGACCGAUAUUACGAUUAAUUCUUUCUUAGAUGAACCUAAUAUCCUUCAAUUUGAAAUACAAUUUUUACAAAAUGGCAAAACUAAUCACCGUAACAUCGAUACACCCGUUUUAAAUCUUUUCACAACAUCUUACGAAACAACUGAUAAUAAUAAUAAUAAUAAUAAUAAUAAUAAUAAUAAUAAUAAUAAUAAUAUUAAUAUUAAUAAUAGAAGAAGAAAACGUGGAGCACCGGAACAAUUGUUAUCCCUUCACAAGGGCCGAAGGACCGAGUGUAGGGGUGAUAAUAAAAAAUGUUGCAGACACGAAAUGACAGUUAUAUUCAAGGAUUUAAAGGGUUUUGAAUUUAUCGUCCAACCGAAAACAUUCGAUGCGGGUUAUUGUAAAGGACGUUGUCCACCAAGGUAUAAUCCUGCCCAUCAUCAUGCCCUUUUACAGAGUCUGAUAUGGAAGGAAGACAGAAGGAAAGCACCGAGGCCAUGUUGCGCGCCGAGCAAACUCGCCGAACUCGAAAUACUUUAUUUCGACGAGAAAGAUUCCACCAGCUUGAAGGUCUCUAAUUGGAAGAACAUGCGUGUAUUGGAGUGCGCUUGUUCGUAGAAAGGAGACCUUCGAAAGAGAUAAAAAAAAAGAGAGAGAGAGAGAGAGAUGGUCUUAAACCAAUCCAGGAGUCAUUUAGGACUCACCAAAGAAUCGUCCGAAUAACGUAUAGUUCGUCUCUGUCAGGUGGUCUUUUUUUUUUUUAUACCCCUUUCCUCCUCAACUCCCCCUACCCAUUUUCAUUUUUUUUUUUUUUUUAUUUUAUUUUCAUUUUCAUUUUAUUUAAAUUUCUUUUUCUUUUUUUUUUUUUUUUUUUUUUUUUUUAAUGUCGACACUUCAUCCUCCUUUCGUUAAUUCCGAUCUCUUAUAUCUAUUUUGUAUAAAAGGAGAAAAAAAAACGAAAAAAAAAAAAAUCACUAAUGGCAUAUAAUACUUCCCUAUCGAUCUUCCCUUUUCGUUCGAUAUUUAUUAUUAGAACGACGAUAUAAGUACAUAAGAGAUAAGAUUAGAAAAUUAGAGAUCUAAUUUAGCGGCGGAAAGGGUGAGGAAAGGGAAAUAAAAAAAAAAAAAAAAGAAAAAAGAAAGGCCACUUAAAAGAAAAUCCAGAAGAAGACCCCCCUCCCCCUUUGACUCCCUCUCGGUAGUAGCGGGUCUCACAUUGACUGUGAUACUAAGAUAUCUGCUUGUCAUUGUUCAUUAUAGUUGUUAAUAUUAAUUGUAUUUUUUUUUUUUUUUUUUU